AGAGCCGCGCGCGCGCUCACAGCAAAAACACGCGCACUGCUCACUUCUACACGAGCGGACAGCUGUCAACGGGGACACGCUGACGAUUAUUUGAGAUUACAUACACACAAACACCAAUGGCGCUGUCGUGCGAGAUUUCUGAGCUUUUUCAGGUGAAUAGUUUCUGUUUGUCAUGGGGGCAGAUCGCCUCAGCUCAGCGUUUGCGCACCUGGCCAACCCACGCCAAUGAAGUCGUGCUCCUACAUGCAGUCUGAAGGGCUCCGGAGCGGAGUCGGGUUCCCGUGUUUAUUGUGGAUUAAACCACUUAUGCUGCUUGAUACGCGUAAUUUGUGGAUUUGUGUGUGUUUUUCUUCUCCUGGAUUGAUGAGCACUAUGGAGCUGACGGGGAGAUGUGUGUUGUUGGCGGCGCUGGUGAUGAGCGUUCCUCACCACGCGUGUUCAGGAUGUGUGAACCGAGUGUGUAAUCCACGCAUGGGAAAUCUGGCAGUCGGACGUCCCAUACAGACAAUCUCUCAGUGCGGCUCCACCUCCCCAGAACAAUUUUGUAUGUACAGACCGGACAGUUGUGUGCUGGAUUGUGAGAUAUGUGAUGCUUUAGUAUCUCAGCAUGCACACUCCCCUUCCUCCAUGACUGACUCUCCUUUCAAGCAACCACUGACCUGGUGGCAGUCGGCACCGGGGACUGCCAUAGAGACUCUGCAGCUGGAUCUGGAGGUGGAGUUUUACUUCACCCACCUCAUUAUCAUUUUCAUGUCGCCACGCCCUGCUGUCAUGGCAAUCGAUCGCUCUCGGGACUUUGGCCAGACAUGGAGCUUGCUGAUGCUGUUUUCCCACAACUGCAGUGAAGUGUCCAGCUUGGAGGACGGACAACGCUGCACAGCGAAAUACUCCUCUGCCGAGCCAUGCACAAAUGGGGAGGUGCCACACUCCUGCCCCUGUCCGAUUGCUGAUGCCAAUGCAGCAACUCCCCGAUAUGCCAUCUCUGACCUCAUUUUAAAAGGAGGCUGCCUGUGCCAUGGACAUGCAGACCAGUGUGUGCCCACUGGAGGCAAACACAACUCAAAAACAUUUGGAAAACACGUGGUGCACGGUAAAUGCUCAUGCCGGCAUCACACGGCUGGAGAUCACUGUGAACGCUGCCAUCGCCUUUACAAUGACAGACCAUGGAGAGCAGCUGACGGCUUAACAGGAGAAGCAAAUCAGUGUGUUGAGUGUAAGUGUAAUGGCCAUGCGGAGAGCUGUCACUUUGAUGAAAGCGUAUGGCUGCGGUCGGGUCAGCAGCACGGUGGCGUUUGUGACUGUCUUCACAACACCACCGGCCAACACUGCCAACACUGUCAGAGCGGCUUCUACAGAGAUCCGGAGAAACCCUCCACCGCCCCAGAUUCCUGCACACCUUGUAUGUGUAACCAUGUCGGUUCCUCAUAUUGUAAACCUGAUAACGGAGAGUGUGUCUGUAAGCCAGGGGUGGCUGGGAGGCACUGUGAGCAGUGCAUGCUGGGAUACUGGGGUUUGGAUGAGUACGGUUGCAAGCCAUGUCAGUGUGCUGGGGAUUGUGACCCUUACACCGGAGACUGUAUGAUUAGGUCUGAGUCAGAUGACAACAGCACAGCAGAAAAUCAUCUGUUUCGGACAGAAGAGCUGUUCUCCGCCCUCAGUCAUCCAGACAAAUGCAUUUGCAAACAGCUAGCUCUCGGGAACAGCAAAGUCUUCUGCAAUGCCAAAUAUGCUUAUGCAGUGAAAGUGCGAGUGUUGGGUGCUCAUGAUAAAGGCUCUCAUGCAGAGGUGGAUGUGAAGAUCCUAAAGGUAUUGUGGGACAACACUCGCCUCAGACUCUCUCGAGGAAGCCGGACACUUUAUCCCGAGUCCUGGAUGUCUCGAGGCUGCACCUGCCCCGUGCUCUUUCCAGGUGGAUUGGAGUAUCUUGUGGUGGGACAUGAGGAUGUGAGAAAAGGUCGCCCUGUUGUUAACAUGAAGAGCAUAGUGAAGCCAUGGAGAGCCAGCUUGAGUCGGAAAGUCCAUCAGCUGCUAAAAACCAAAUGUAGCUGAAAGACGCAGUGAGAUGUUCAAAACAAAUGCACACGCCAACUUAGACUUUAUUUAACUGUGAUCGUUCUUCAUCAUCUGAAUCAAACUAAUGCUUUAGGUGUAAACCCAGCCGUUCUGGUGUAUCUGCUAGCUGUCA